AUGGCCGGAAUUGUCAACAAGGAGUUUCCUGAGUUGGCCCAGACAGGGCUGAACUACCUGUCAUGGUCCUCGGACUACGAGAUCUUUCUCCAGGGCAAAACCCUCCUGAGGGCGAUCAGUAAGGGGGCCCAGCUGGCCGCCACUGAUCCCAAGUUCGAAACUGAGAAUGCGCAGCAGCGGUUUGAGCGGCUGAAGUACACUGUGAAGCCACGUGCAGAGGCAGAGUGGAUCCGUCUGAGGUUUGCGGACUUCAAGACGGUUGGGGAGUACAAUUCGGCUCUGCACCGGAUUUGUACGACUCUUCGAUUGUGUGGUACUGAGAUUACCGACUCCCAGAAGAUUGAGAAAACCCUAUCCACUUUCCACCCCGACGCGGUCCAGUCCUCACGGAACUACCGCCAGGGGAACUACACGAGGUAUUCAGAUUUGAUUGACGUCCUCCAGGUGGCGGAGGCGCAGGACAAGGUUCUCAAAAAAAACUUUGUCGCGCAACCACUUGGGGGGAGUUCUCGCCAGGAGGUGAACGCUCUCAAAGUCCGCAAGCCUCAACAGAAGAAGAGGGACCGGAAAGGCAAGAAGAAGGGCCCUCACCCCCCCCGCCCCGGCUAA